AACCAACACUUCGCCAUUUCGGGCUCCGGGGGGCUGAGCCGUGGAGCUGCUGUGAGCGAGCGAAUUAAGUCGACCCCGGCCAGGCGCCACUGUGGCCCUUUCUUGGUCGUUAACGCCUUUCGCUUGCGAACGCGCUCCGAUGCUUGUUAUUUUGCUGGCCCGAAUGAUCUUUUCCAGCGUGGGCCCGGGCUGAACUGUCGUCUGCUUGUCGGAUUUUCUUGCUAGCAAGCUAGCUGAGUGUAAACAAGGAUGAAGAGGAUAAAAGGCGCCAAGGAGGAGGGCAACAGCUCCCCCAGUAAGAGCCCGCCCGAGGCGCGCAAGAAAGUUCGCAAGCAGUCGAGCCCGGCGUCGGAGGCCGGCGACUCGCGGGACUCCGGCUGGGCCCGGCUGCCGCAAGAGCUGCUGCUGCACGUCUUCCAGUACCUCCCGCUGCUGGAUCGGGCCUUCGCCUCGCAGGUGUGCCGCGGGUGGAACCAGGCGUUCCACAUGCCCGAGCUGUGGCGCUGCUUCGAGUUUGAGCUCAACCAGCCCGCCAGCUCUUACCUGAAAGCCACGCACCCGGACCUGAUCAAACAGAUCAUCAAGAGGCAUUCCAACCACUUGCAGUAUGUCAGCUUCAAGGUGGACAGCAGCACCGAGUCCGCAGAGGCGGCCUGUGACAUUCUUUCGCAGUUGGUAAACUGCUCCCUGAAGACUUUAGGGCUCAUCUCAACAGCCAGACCCAGUUUCAUGGAGGUCCCCAAGUCUCACUUCAUCUCGGCACUGACGGUGGUGUUCGUCAACUCCAAGUCGCUGUCGUCGCUGAAGAUCGACGACACGCCGGUGGACGAUCCCUCGCUGAAGGUGCUGGUGGCCAACAACAGCGACACGCUCAAGCUGCUCAAGAUGAGCAGCUGCCCUCACGUCUCGCCGGCAGGGAUCCUGUGCGUGGCGGACCAGUGCCACGGCCUGCGGGAGCUGGCGUUGAACUACCACCUCCUGAGCGACGAGCUCCUGCUGGCGCUGUCGUCGGAGAAGCACGUGCACCUGGAGCACCUGCGCAUCGACGUGGUGAGCGAGAACCCGGGCCAGCACUUCCACAGCAUCAAGAAGAGCAGCUGGGACGCCAUGGUGCGCCACUCGCCCAAGUUCAACCUCGUCAUGUACUUCUUCCUGUACGAGGACGAGUUCGGGCCCUUCUUCAACGACGAGAUCCCCGUCACGCACCUCUACUUCGGCCGCUCCGUCAGCAAGGAGGUGCUGGGCCGCGUGGGCCUGCACUGCCCGCGCCUGGUGGAGCUGGUGGUGUGCGCCAACGGCCUGCGUCCGCUGGACGAGGAGCUGAUCCGCAUCGCCAAGCGCUGCACGCAGCUGUCGGCCGUCGGCCUGGGCGAGUGCGAGGUGUCGUGCGGCGCCUUCGUGGAGUUCGUCAAGAUGUGCGGGCGCCGCCUGUCGCAGCUCUCCAUCAUGGAGGAGGUGCUCAUCCCCGACCACAAGUACUCCCUGGACGAGAUCCACUGGGAGGUGUCCAAGCACCUGGGCCGGGUUUGGUUCCCGGACAUGAUGCCCACCUGGUAGAAGCGCGGGCGCCGGCGCCGCCACGACUCGAGCGCAGCCCAAAGUUACUACGAAAUGUUCGCCCUGGACAAACCUCUGCCGACGCGCUUUAUCCGACCGCAGAACUCGUCGCACGGCCGAAGCAGAUUUUUCCGAGCGGAUCGGCGUACAUUUGCACUAGCGCUAAAACGGCCGACAAGCCGGGAACGUUCGGAAUGAAUUUGCUGAAGACGGCCGCUGCGGAUCAAAUCAAAAUGGAGAGAGAGUGAGAGAUGUCUAUACGUCUGUAUUCGUCACGUUAACGUGUGCAGUGUCCAAUCGUGGUGGACUUUUUCACACUCAUGUUCGUUCCCGUGACUUUGUUUUUUGUGCAGGCGGCUUAUCCUCCUCAGCGCCUUGCGUCAAUACCAAAUGAUCUUAGUAGGCGCAGCGGCCGUAAAUAAAUGUACAGAAAUAUAUGACGGCGUCUCCGAGCCGCUUCGGGAGAUUGCUUGUAACCCGCCGAUAGUCGGCUUUUAGCUGCUCUAACCUGGCCGCGCUCUUUCGCGGUCGCUCAGGUGCAUUUGGUAAAGUUUCAUCUGUACCUUUUGCUUUUGACCCGUUCACGCCCCCAAACCUUCCCCAACGUCGCGGCGGAGUUAGAAAACGUCGCCAGUACAGCCAGCGCUCCGAUCUGCAAGUUCAGAUGAGUGAAACCUUUUUCUUCCUUAAGAAGGAAGUCAAAAGCAUUUGUACAUAAAACGCUGUGUGUUUGUUUGAUUGCCACGACGUCGAAAUGUUUGUAUUUCUUCAAUUUCACCCUGUUCCUUCGCCGUCGACCGUACGGCAUUUCCACUGCACGGUAUUCGUCUUCCAGUUCAAAAAGGGGGAAAAUACAUGAAAAUGCAUAUGCCGCACGUGCGUCUGAAUGUAUUGGAAUAUUGUGGAAAAUUCCGUUCAUUUCAGUCGUACAUUUGACAAAGUGCAACCUUCGAAUUGAACAACUGAAAUCGAUGAUUUUUUUCUACCGCUUUCUCAUUCAGUGUUUCCCAAGCUUCAUUGAACCUCGGCACAUAUAUUACACGAGAAGAAAUCCCACGGCACACCAUCAUUAAAAAGUACCGGAUACAUACGGGAAGAAUAAUGAUCUCGUCUCACUUUACUCCGAAAUUGACUUUUUCCAUGCGAAAUCUGGGCCUGAUGACUAGAACACAGUUAUAUAUAGGUUAAUUUGUACAUUAUGCCAUUUAUUAGGAGAGCAUGUAAUCAUUGUAUCACUAUAAUGUCGCUGGCAAAGAUGCAUAUUUGUAGUCAAUGAUAUUUUUGCACAGUGGUCUGGACUCAUUGCUCCGGUUGAGUUGAAUUUGUAAUAACAUCAUGAGCUAAGCUAACGUUAGCAUAGGACUCGAUUUCGGUGGUUUCCAGCAGUUACCAAAAACAGUACGAGCUCGCACACUGAAACGUCGGAACGCCGGCUAACCCCGAGUACUUCGACAAAGAGCCGGAAAAGCAUCUACGCCGACGACUUAGUUACCGUGCAGCGGAAUUGGAAAUGAGUGGACGGAUCUUUGCCCUUCUGUCCAUUUGUCACUAGACAAGAUGUAACUUAUUGACCUGAAUUUUGCGUUUUGGAAUGUAAAUGUGUUUUGUUACCCCACAAAUGCCAACGAGAACAUCCAUCCAUUUUCCGAGCCGCUUCUCCUCACGCCGGUCGCGGGCGUGCCGGAGCCUAUCCCAGCUAUCAUCGGGCGGGAGGCGGGGCACGCCCUGAACCGGUUGCCAGCCAAUCGCAGGGCAACCAUUCACACCUACGGGCAAUUUAGAGUCGUCAAUUAACCUACCGUGCACGUUUUUGGGAUGUGGGAAGAAACCGGAGUGCCCGGGGAAAAGCCACGCGGAGAACAUGCAAACUCCAUGCAGGCGGAGGCGGGGCCGGGGCUUGAACCCCGGUCCUCAGAACUGUGAGGCAGAAGCUUUAACUAGUCCUUCACCGUGCCGCCCCUUGUUGAGCACCAUGCAGCAAUUCGGGGGGUCCUUGGUUUGUGGUGACGCAACCCAAUUUUGGAUGCAAGUCCAAACGCGCUAUAAUCCAUUUUACUAACCUAUGCUAAAACAGUAGUGAAGUCAUAAUGACAAUAAAUAUUUAGGAUUAUGAAAAAGUCUUGUAGGCCAUGAAUAUAAAAGAAUUAAAUGAAGGAAACUGGGGCUUGCCUUUGGACAUAUUCUUACGCCGCUGCGCAAACUAGUACAUUUGUUGGCAACCACGGAACUACCUAAACUGAAGACCGUCUGUUCCUGCGACUUUUGGUUUCCUCCAAGGUAUUUUUGGAAGAUUAUAUGAAUCUACUUCACAAUCAGCAAUAAUUGACAAGAAGCAAGCACAGAAGAGGCUUCAUAUACAUAAUAAAGCUUUAUUAUUUUCUUAUUAAAAACAGUCAUGUACCAACCUUCAGGACAAUCGUAUAUGAUAAGUGGUAAAUGAAAGCCAGUCAUUGCUAUCAUGUCAUUUAGAUCAUUUAUAAGUGACAUGAAUGAUACAGGAGACCCAAACGCAAUAUGACAGUAAACGCACCAUGAUGGUACAGUAACAAAUGAUGUGUUACGAUUGGACCGCAGCUCUCGUCUGCUGUUCUGUAGUUUUUAUUUUUGAAUGGAAUUUUAUUUGCUACAAAAAAAAAGUUUGUUUUUCCAUGUUGACAGGUUGAUCCGGUAAGUUGCUUAGUUCGGAGCGUCAACUGUCCUUGAAACGCGUCGUCUGCUUUGCUGUACUGCUCGCCUGUCUUGAGAUUUGAACACGACCUUUGGACAUGUGAUCGUUUGCUAAUAAACAUUUGUGAAUGGAUGCUUUGCAACGGACAUUUCGUUCUUCAGAACAUACGUUUUAUAUUAACUUUUAACGGGGGGGAUCGUUUUUCAUAGUAUACGGUAUAAAAAUAAUUGUCUCCCGGUUGUCGGUUUUAAGGCAAAGGCACCUCCUCGUAUAGGAUGCCCACGUAGGGAGGCUUCAUGGGCAGCCUCCAGUACUCAAAGUUGUAGUACAAGUAGAAGCGUUUGUCCAUCACCACCUUCUUGUAAGCCCGCAGCACGCUCAAGGCGAACUCCGCCAGGGACUGGUGGGGUCGGAAGACCUCGUAAAAGUCCCGGAUCUCCGUCGCCAGGUUCUUGAGCGCCGGCUGGCCGAAGAUGGCGCUGUCGUUGCCCAGGUAGGCGGGCUCUCCGCUGUACAGGUAGAUCUUGGUGUAGUUGGUCUGGGAGCGGCUGGACAGUUUGGCCCCCAGCGCGCUCAGCUUGCGGUGAGCGCGGUGCACGAACUGCGAGCAGUCGUACGACUCGAACCACACGGUGGCGUCGGGGCCCGGGUGGGACCGCGCCGUCCACGUCUCGUAGUAGAUGCCCGUCGUGUUGUCGUCGCGCACCCACCGGGCCAGAUCGUUAAACUGAUUGCCUGAAUGGAGAAACCGCACGAUAUAAAUACGUCACUACUCAAUAUUGAUAUC